AAAUUCUGGGCGAGCCUCUCGUGGCGUCGCUUCUCCAGUGGACCCUCCACGUGAGGCCACACAGGCACCCACUUAUUAGAAGGAGAUGUCAAUAGGAGUGGAGAAAAUGGGUGCAAUAUGACCCCAGUGUAAAACAUUUUUUAAAUAUUAUUUUUAAAUAUCUAUCUAUCUAUCUAUCUAUCUAUGGCUGACAAUUUUGAGAUUUUUUUAUGUUUUUUUAUUUUUUUAUUUUUUGGUUGACUAUGGGAGCAAAUUGAUCCUAAAUUAUCCAUUUGUCCUCAUACAGUAAACUAAAAAUAAAUAAAAUAAUAAAAAAUAUUUUAAAUAAAGAUGCAAGGAGACCUGAAAAAUGCGGACUUUCCGAGUUAAUACAAGUAAACAAAAGACACAAAUAAAUAUUGUAUUCAAUUAAAUAAAACAAUAUUGUGUUUCUUAUGCUCUUUCUUUUAUCUUCACUUUGCGCCCUCAGCAUCACAAAUUACGCAUUUAAACUCAUUAAAAUCAAUGACAAUGAUUAAACUGCAACCUAAUGUGGGGCCAUGAUUGUCUCUCCAAUGAAAACUACCAAUAAAACGUCCAUAUGUGCCUGCUAGUGCACCCAAACUCAUCAAAAGUGGCGUCAGUCUGCACUGUCUUACUCGGGGGGUUUAUUCUGGAACUUUGUCCCGGCAGUCCUUCUCCCCGUCUGUCCCCUCUGAGGUCCUCAGAGCACAGAGGAUUGUUGGCGGAUGAGGGCGCUUCACCGCCAUGUGAAACACAAGACAUAGUUUCUGUGCCUCAGCUACGCAGUGUGUGUGUUUAUUCCCCUCUUCCAAGCAGGGCUACACAUGAUGAACUACAGCGGCGAAUAGAGCAAAAAAUCUAUCGAGCAGGAAAGCGCACGGCAGCCGACCGAUCCUGUGCGAUGUGGAAAUCCUGAUCGGAGAGGAGAGGUCUUCCUCGGGCGGAGCAGGCUGAAGCGAAGAAGCAGGGCUCGAACCCCGUUGGCCAUCAGAUGACCACCCUCUGAAAAGUCGAUCUACUUGCAGUUUUCCGAGACUUCGUAAAAAAACAUGGCUGACUCAUCCCCCUCCACCAAUCUCCUGCUCCUUCUCCUCAUUUCCUCCCUGGAUUGGCUGCCCACUCCAGGAUCUGCGUUUCUCAUUGACCGGGACCACAUGACAUCAUCAGCUCCCCUUGAGCCUCAUUUCACAGAGUGCAUAUCAAGGGAACAGGAGACAUUCCGUUGCUGGUGGAGUCCAGGCAGCUACCACAACCUGUCCUCCUCUGGAGCCCUCCGAGUCUUCUACCUUAAGAAAGAGUCCCCCACUAGUGAAUGGAAGGAGUGUCCUGAGUAUAUCCAUUCAAAUAGGGAGUGCUUCUUCGAUGUAAACCACACGUCUAUUUGGGUCCCCUACUGCAUGCAGCUCCGUGGCGAAAACGUCACCUAUUUCAACGAAGAUGACUGUUUCACUGUGGAGAAUAUUGUGCGUCCUGACCCACCAGUGUCUCUAAGCUGGACCUUGCUGAAUAUAAGUCCUUCCGGCCUCAGUUAUGAUGUCAUGGUGAACUGGGAGCCUCCACCCUCUGCAGACGUUGAUGCAGGCUGGAUGCGCAUCGAGUACGAGACCCAGUACAGAGAGAGAAAUACCACAAACUGGGAAGCAUUGGAGGUGCAGCCACACACUCAGCAAACCGUCUACGGUCUGCACAUCGGAAAAGAGUAUGAAAUGCACAUCCGCUGCAGGAUGCCGGCCUUCACUAAGUUUGGCGAGUUCAGUGAUUCCAUCUUCAUUGAAGUGACUGAGAUUCCUACAAAAGAGUCUACUAUCCCUCUCACACUGAUUCUUGUUUUGGGGAUUCUUUGUAUCCUCAUACUCAUCAUGUUGGUAGUCCUCACUCAGCAGCAUAGAUUAAUGAUGGUUCUGUUGCCACCUGUUCCUGCACCCAAAAUCAAAGGCAUCGAUUCAGAGCUGUUGAAGAAGGGGAAGCUGGACGAGCUGAAUUUUAUCCUGACUGGUGGAGGUAUGGGUGGCCUGCCCACUUAUGCACCAGAUUUCUACCAGGAUGAGCCAUGGGUAGAGUUCAUCGAGGUGGAUGGGGAGGAUGGGGACAGUGGAGAGAAGGAGGACAACCGGGCUUCGGACACUCAGAGGCUCCUUGGUCUGCCCCAUCCUGUCAGCCACCACAUGAACAUGGGUUGCUCCAACGCCAUAAGCUUCCCUGACGAUGACUCAGGUCGGGCCAGCUGUUACGACCCAGAAUCUGCCCGAUCAGACACAUUAAUGCUGAUGGCCACCCUCCUGCCGGGUCAACCUGAGGACGAAGAAGCUUCCUUUGAUGUUGAAGAAAGCUCCAGCCUCCAGCGAAGGUCCCUUGUCCAAACCCAAACUGGAGGCCCCCAGACUUGGGUCAACACAGACUUCUACGCUCAGGUCAGCAAUGUUAUGCCCUCUGGGGGUGUGGUCCUGUCUCCUGGCCAGCAGCUCCGAAUCCAGGAGAGCACCUUGGCCACAGAGGAGGAAACGCAAAAGGGAAAGGAGGGUGAAGAAAGCAAGGAGACUGAAGAGGAGAAGCAAAAAGAGCUGCAGUUCCAGCUAUUGGUGGUGGAUCCAGAGGGAAGUGGCUACACCACAGAGAGCACCGUCCGGCAAAUCAGCACUCACCCUCAGCCAGUGGAGACCAAAACCUGCAGCCACAUGGAGGAUAAUCAGUCACCUUAUAUUCAUCCUGACUCUCCCCAGUCCCAGUUCUUUGCCCCUGUUGCAGACUAUACGGUGGUGCAGGAGUUGGACAGUCAUCACAGUCUGCUCCUCAACCCGCCCCCCCGCCAGUCCCCCCCUCCCUGCCUGCCACAGCACCCUCCAAAGCCCCCAUGCCUUGGCUACAUUACCCCCGACCUGCUGGGGAACCUCUCACCGUGAAGUGACAAUGCCAUACAGAACCUUUAAUGCUGACUGACCAGGAAGUCCCCCUGCAGUCACCCUACCUGAUUCCUGCUGGAAACCAAAUAGCUUGAGCGUUGGUGAGCGUGUACAGGGGUCUGUUCAGAGGCUGCCUGUAAGAGAGGCGUGAGAAGCUGCGAGCUUAACUGUUACAUCAGUUGAUCCGAUGCAGAGGCGGCCAAAGUGAACAUCACAAACCAAAUGCAUAGUUUGCUCUUUGUGUCAACAUCCAUGUACGAUUGUAAUGAGUCAAACAAAGCAUCUUGUCCAUGCUUAACUGCCUUA